AUGCCUUCCGCCGCCGACGUCGCGUACUACCUCUUCCACAUCUCCGAACUGCGUGCCAUCAUCCAGUGGAAGACAUGGCACAACCCCGUGCACGAGCGCGACGAGAGCAAGGAAGGGCCUGAUCUGAAAGAAUGCUUUCGCUUCCUCGACCUCACCUCGCGGUCCUUCGCUGCUGUCAUCAAGGAGCUGCACCCUGAGCUGCUGGUCCCAACAUGUCUCUUCUACCUGUGCCUGCGUGGGCUCGACACCAUCGAGGAUGACAUGACCAUCGACAUCGCGCGGAAAGAGCCCCUGCUGCGACAAUUUCACGACCACCUCGAGGACGAGACCUGGACGUUCAAUGAGAAUGGGCCGAAUGAGAAGGACCGUGAACUGCUGGUCAAGUUUGAUUGCGUGGCGAAGGAAUACAACAAGAUCAAGGAGGAAUACAAGGUCAUCAUCAAGGACAUCACUCAGCGCAUGGGCAAUGGCAUGGCAGAUUAUGCGAAGAAUGCAGACCUGAACGCCAAUGGGGUCAAGACGAUCAAGGACUAUGAGCUGUACUGUCACUACGUUGCAGGUCUCGUAGGUGAGGGUCUGACGCGUUUGUUUGUUGAGGCGAAGCUUGCGAAUCCUGUUCUUCUGCAACGACCAGAGUUGAUGGAGUCAAUGGGACAGCUGCUGCAACAGACCAAUAUCAUCCGCGAUAUUCGAGAGGACCACGACGACAAGCGGUACUUUUGGCCAAAGGAGGUGUGGUCGAAGUAUGUCACUAAGUUCGACGAGCUGUUCCUGCCAGAGAACCAGGAGAAGGCGCUGCAAUGUAGCAGCGAGAUGGUGCUCAUCGCCCUCAACAGAGCCGAUGAGUGUCUCUUCUACAUGGCUGGCAUCAAGGAGCAGUCAGUGUUCAACUUCGUCGCAAUCCCACAGUCCAUGGCCAUGGCAACGCUAGAGCUCUGCUUCCAGAACCCAACCCUCUUCGAGCGGAAUAUCAAGAUCACCAAGGGUACUGCAUGUCAGUUGAUGACCGAGUCCACGCAGAAUCUGCAGCUUGUCUGCGACGUCUUCAGGAGAUAUGCCCGGAAAAUUCACAGGAAAAACAACCCCAGCGACCCUCACUUCCUCGAAAUCAGCAUCGCUUGCGGCAAGAUUGAGCGUUUCAUCGAGGGCAUCUUUCCAACACAGACACCACGAGUACUACCUCCAGGAGCAGAGCAGACCGUGGCACAAGACUCGGCGGAAGAAGCGAGGAGGAAGGCCGACGAGGCCGAAGCGAAGAAGGAUGUGCUGUACAUUGGGCUCGCGAUUGCUGUAACGUUAGCAAUCAUCUCAGUGGUGAUGAUUGGCGCAGCUUGGUUCUUUGGCGCUCGCUUCGAUCUCGCCUUUGCGGAGCUCAAGAAGGGCAACCUGAAACCGCCAAAAGAGCCCGGACAGGUCGAGAACAUCGCCAGCGCAUACGAAGGCCACAACGAAUUGUAA